AUGGAGAACAAAGUGCUUCAAAGAAGCGGUUCGAUGCUUGCCCGCCAAAAUAUCCAGUGGCCAAGACCUCGGCAAAACACGGAGGUGGAUGCGAAGUCCGAUCUUCGUGGUGUGCAUUGGCAAUUGAGCUAUUUGCAGACGACCCCGGGUCAGACAGAAACAAAGGAGGCCUACAUCAAACAUCCGAAGUAUCAGCGGCGAGAAGCAGUCGAAAAUGGAGAUGAUCUGAGAGCGUCGCAUAUUGAUUUGGCAUAUGGAGCGUCAAGGUCCUGCAAGCAUUGGGUGGCAGCCUUGACAGAUGAAAUGUCAAGGAAUGAGCAUGACAAGUUCAAUUGCAAGAAACCCGAUGGUUUCGAAGCCUUGGGGACAGAGCUGCGAAAGUCUCACAUCAGCUUUGGGGAACGUUUUGAACCCACAUGCCAGAGCCAGCAGAAGGUCAAUUUCGGGAUUCCGCCCAAGGCCUUUCCGUCGCGUUGGCUGCGGCGCAAAAUCCUUUUGCUACCCAUCUUUCAGAGCCUGAUUGAUGGGGCUGACCUUCCUGAUGGCGCGGAAGAACUUUUUGUACAGCAGUUAUCAAUUCAGCUCAAAUCAUUGAAGGACAUUUGCACCGGGAAAUCGCAUGAGAUCUUGGCGACUGCCGCUGGAGUGUUGGAGGAUGAACUUCAGCUCCUAUCCAGCCUUUGCGUUUCCGCGCCGCUGAGUCAGCUUGCUGUGAACGCCUAUGUCGACUAUGUCACGUCACUGACCGCACCAUGCGGCACAUGCGAGGUGCAUAGUUUGAUGGCCGUCUCUCUCCACGUGCGCUUGAAUCUCUGGGUGAGCAAUGUGUUGCUACAAGCUUCUCCAGAAGUGGGCAAAGCAACCAGAGUGGGCAGAUGGCUCGAGUUCUGUUCCACACGCUAUGAGAAGCUCUCGCUUCAAAUAGAUCAGGCGUUUGAUGCUUCAGUUGCAGUUUCUCGCCUAUCUUCUGCACAGCUCAGCGGAGUCAGCGAUGCAUACUUGCAACUGGCGCAGCAUGAACAUCAGGUCUAUUCACAGAUUGCUUGUAGCCAAUCAGACUCAGUGAAUGCUGCGAAGACCUUACUGCAAAUGGCGAAGAUCAUCCCACCAAGGGUGCUGAUCAUCGCAGGCUCUGACAGUGGAGGUGGCGCCGGCCUGCAAGCGGAUUUGAAGAGUUGCACCGUUCAGGGCGCUUUUGCAACAACUGCAGUGACAGCGGUGACGGCACAAAACACCCACGGUGUGCAGGGCAUUUUUCCAAUUCCUAUUGACUUCCUGAAGAAGCAAGUUGAUUCUGUUCUCUCCGACAUUGGCACAGACGUGGUAAAAACCGGAAUGCUGGCAACGUCAGAGAUUGUCAAGGCAGUUGCUGCAUGCUUGAAGGCGUCCCAACCAUUUGGAUCCUGCCUCGUCGUGGACCCCGUCAUGGUUUCCACCAGCGGGCACACUUUGCUGGAGGAUGACGCUAUUCAAAGCCUUAAGGAUGAGCUGUUUCCAUGCGCCACUCUCAUAACGCCCAAUUUGCCAGAGGCACGCUUGCUGCUGGGCGUCAAAGACAUUGAAAGUGUAGCUGCCAUGGAGACAGGAGCGCGUCAGCUUGCAGCAAUGGGCCCCCGCUGGGUGCUUGUGAAAGGUGGACAUUUGCCUGGCUCUGACCAGGAAGUGACUGACAUCCUUUGCAAUGGUGAGACUGGAGAGUGUAUUCAGUUCACGUCAAAGUUGGUCGCAAACACCAACCACACACAUGGAACAGGAUGCACCCUGGCAUCUUCCAUUGCUGCUCAUCUCGCACGAGGGCUUCAGGUUCUACAAGCUGUGAAGGUUGGCCUUACUUCAACUGGUGAGGAACGGUCAGAGGUCCAAAAAGAGCCGAGCGCAGCUCUCCGUGGCUACGACGAAAUGCUCGUAGUGAGGAAGUGGUACGGGAUGGUACAGGCCGAUCAGAUUGCAUCCUUUGCUGAUACUGUUGGGAAGGACCUCCGAGCCUCUCACAUUGACAUCGCCAACGGUGCAGAAAAGAGCUGUGCACAUUGGAAGGAGAAGGUGGAAGAACUGGAGGUCCGCCAUGAAUGGGCUGGAUUCGAUCUGCUCAAAGUCGGAGGAGAAAAGCUCGUCUUUUGGAAGGAAGGAGGUCUCGUGGUGCUGUCUGGCUGCAUUACCACAACGUCUCCUAUGAAGCAAAAGUCUGACUUUGACAUCACGGUUGCCAAGGUACCGCCUUCCUGCACACCAGAGCGGUACACUCCCUUCAUAGCACCGACAGCGAUGUCUCGAUAUGAAGGCAUUCGGCAAUGUGGGACGAGCGCGACCUUGCGACCUGACGGACGGCUAGUCAUCAAUUUCAAUAAGAACCUGAACCCUAUGGUGCUGCAUUUCUCUGGCUUCGCAUACAGCAUGGGCGAGCCUGAAGGCUUGAUCCAGAUGAUCCAGCCAGACAAAUCAUUGAAGGCUGAGACGCAGAGGUUCAGACUACAACCUAUGCAUGACGACGAACCAGCUGCGCAGUUGGAUGGAACAAUUGUGACUCUACAGGGCCGUCUGAUGGAAGCCACCUAUGGUUUCACGAGCCAAAUCAUCGGCAUCCUCCCAGAGCGUUGCAGACCCCAACGUGAGAUCCGAUGCCUCGCACCGCUGCUUCGUAGAUCCAAAGAUGAGGAUAUGGGCCAAUGUGACAUCGCUGAUCAAAGUAUUGCAUUGACAUUGAAGACUGACGGAAAGAUCACCGUUCAUGGCGGCAAUGUGCACUUAGUGGACCAGAAAGGGAACAUGCGCAUCCUUCCGCAGAAGAAGAGGGGCAUCCUGAGUUUGGAUGGCAUUCAUUUUUACGUUGGAAAUGACACGGCUCCAGUGGAGGUUUCCAACAGCUUGCAAAAGAGUGACGACCAGCAAAUCACCGAUGAGAAGAAGAAAGAAAUUUUGCAGAUUUUUGCUCCACAAAUUCGGAAUACUGCAGUUGCCUGCAGACAGGGCAGCAUUGUUUUGCUGGAAGGAUCGCUCAACUGGGUCUCCUCACGGCCUCUCAACACCAAGCAAGCAAUUGCUACCCUCCCGAAAGGCUUUUGGCCUCGUCGACGGGAGACCUUCUUCGCAAGAGGUCGCCAAGAGGAACGCCGGAGAGUUGACAUCGACGUUUUCGGCCGCAUCUUUUGCCCAGAAGGAGCAGAUAGGGGCAGUGAUGGUGGUGGAUAUGUGGACCUGAGCGGUGUGAUUUUCAUUCGAAGUACAUCGCCACCAAAGGGGAAGCCUUUGGAUCCCGAGUACGACGACCUGCGGUUGCAAUGCAAUCGCACGGUGGUAGAUGUCGCAUCUUCGUCUUUCAAAGGGCAUGAGCUACUGGAGAAAUUCAUCCGACGAUGCAACGCCUACGAAUGGAAGCUGCUGCACCACACCAUGGCAGCGCAAGCUGGAAGAACGAUGAUGACUCCUGGGGUUGGCAGACUGGACGAGGAAGUCCCCACUCGAGGCUGGGACAGAGGAAAUGAGUUCAACUUGAGCAAGCACGAAGACAGACUGUGGAACAACGUUUUGAGAGCUCCUCUAGCUGAGCACUACGGGAUCUCUACGUUUCACACGUUGCUGCAUCUUUCCUGUCCAAUGUUAGACGAGGUGCUGAACUGCGUCAGAGGCCUCUCUGACGAAGACCGGCGGCACAUCAGAGGUCUUAAGCGAUCUCGGGAAGGAGAUUGGGAAAGGACGCGGCAACCACGCUUGACCUUCCAAUGCUUGCAAGAACUUGCAUGCGAGAUCUCUGAUCAGAUGUUUGAUCACUGGGACUUCUACGCUCAGAUGCAGGGUUUGCUGAAGAAUGACUUCCGCGCUCCCAAGACAAUUGAGCACCUGUUCCCCCGGCGCCUGAACAGAUGGCAAGAAAAGCUCAUUAAGGACAAUGUGCCAGAGAAGGACUUCUCCAAGUUCGAAGAAAUUCGCCAGUUCUUCUUUUUGUACGAGACAACUGGGAGCAACAUGACCCAUUGCAGCUUGAUGGGUUCUCAGGACUUGUUCACCACCACAGGCAAGUGGUACUUCCCUGACGCGGAAGAUGUGCAACAGCAACUCUUCGAAAACAUCGGGUGGCUCUGGGACAGGAACAUCUACCACUACAUCUCAGAGCGUCAGACGGCAUUCUUUCCCUUCAUCGAAGAUUUCGACAUUCAGGCAAAUGUGGAUUGGAAGGAGCCAUUGCCUGGUCAAAUACGACCGGAUCCGCCUGAUGAGCUGAUCAUGACAAAGCCACUUAUGGACGCAGACGGAAAAGUCUUUGGAGAUCCAGGGACUAUGAUGAAGUAUCGUGCACAAGCAAUUCACAUGAUCUACCCGCACAUUGAAGAUUUGUAUUGUCUUGUGUACUCAGCUUCUGGCUACAACAAGGGCAAAGAGUUGCUGAAGUCUUCCUUUCAUCUAGUUUGGCCCCAGUUGGUGGUAGAUCCAGACCGAGCUCCCGUUAUUCGAUAUGUCACCCUUGGCAUUUUCAAGAACGAGACCAACAAAGAAGGCUCGGAGCUGAACCAGCUCCAAAAGCGCUUAAUGGAGCUUCACGACGGCAAUGAGUGGGAGCUGGUGUUUGACAGCACCACCAUCAAUGCCCGCAAUGGCCUUCGUCUCCCCUACAGCGACAAAGCAUCAAUGGUUGUGAAAGAUCCGGAGGACCGAGAGAAGAUCAAAAGGGGUGAACUGUCCAAGAACUCUGCCUUCAAGGUUCGCGUGACAGAGGAGCGCCCAUCAAGACCUGUGGGGAGAAUUGAGUUCAAGUUCGAAAAGAAUGCUGAUGAUGUCGACGUGCUCGUUGAUGCGAAGUGGGUGGCAAAUGAAAAGAGUUACGAAAAGUGUGAGUGGAUCAAGAUGGGCUCCUGCCGGCGCGACCAGAGCAGCGCACAAGCUACGGAGGUGACACCGUGGCAACUGGGCCCCGAUGUCAUGUCGAUGCUGCCGAAGCGGCCAGGUGAGAGAUAUUAUCGAGAGUACGAAGAUGAUCAAGGAACAUUCACCACGCACGUGCCGUAUUCGAACAUUGUGAAGUGCACGCUUACGCCUGCUGAAUUCGCGCGUAAUUGGGACGACAAGUUAUCAGAAGAGCUGGAAGCUCUGGCCCAGGAGCAGGAAUUUGACCUCCAGAGGCGAAUUGCUGGGCAAUGGGUGUGCAUCACAGACGAGCAAGCCAUUUGGCGGGCACCUGCCUCUCAACAGUUUUCUGACAAGUUCGCUGAUUGGGACUGGGGCGCGAGGACCCGAAAGCUAGCUCGGCCUGCUGAGUUGAUCUACAUCCACAAGAAAGGCAAAGUGCUGUUAGAUGGACCUGAUGAUGUUACAGCGCCUUUGCUACGGGUCUUGAACGAUUGCAAAACCGAACCAGAUGAUUUUGCCAUCAUGCCGGUCUAUGACAAGACCAAGAUGGAGAGAUUUCCAUGA